CACGGCGAAACAACGAUCUCGAUAAAGACACUUUGCUCCAAAACACCUGUUCACAACUUGUUCACGACACUUCUCAAUAUGCCUUCAUAACCUCAAAGGCAAGCAAUUGUCAUGGAUAGACGAGGAUCAGGAUAUUCCAUCCCACUAAAAGGUAAUGGGAAUAACAUCAUGAGUCAAGGACCCUACUAUCCGCCUCCCAUGCAACCGAUCUACAUCCAAUCGCCCGCUUAUCCGCCCAUGAUGAUGCACCAAGGCAUGGGUGGCCAGGCUUCUUCCUACGGCCCACCCUACAAUGCCUAUCCCUACGGCUAUUCCGGGGCUAUGAUGGGCCCACCCCUACGCCGGGCGGGUAGCAUCAAUGCGAAAAUUAUGUCCCAGGAUGCCAAAAGACCUUUCGCUCAGGCUCAACAGCCUCGUCUGGGGUCGGAGCAUUCGAGCCCGUGGAUGGAAGAUGGAGGUGGCCAAGGAGCAUUGACCGGACCCGAAGAUCGAGCUCCUUCGGUGACGUCCGAAACGGAUCCGACGUCGGUGUUGGAGCGCUUGAAACGUGAAAACGAUGAGAAUCGACAAGGCUUCAAGGACAAGCUGAAAAUCUGGGAGGCCACGAAGCCCCGGGUCGAAGAUAUGGAUCAACAGAUCAAGCUGGCCGACGACGCGUUGCGUCGCUCGGGCUCCCAAUACAACAUUCGAAAAGGCCCCGGCGAUCCGCCCAAUCUGGUCCACGGCAUUCCAGGCACCCAAGACGGCGAUCCCGCCCCGUAUCCCGGUCUCAUCAUUGAAGAAAUGAUGGAUUCGGCUUCCGUGGCCGACGAGGAAGGCGCCGGUCCACCCCGAACGACACUUUCAGUAUUGGGCAAUGACCAAUUUUCCGCCUCAAUACCCCAACGAGCUCCUGUUCGUUGGAAGCACUCCACACCCUUGAACACGGUGGUGAUGUUUGUACCUCAACAAGAGGCGUGGGUUGUAGAGAGGAUGGGAAAGUAUCACAAGAUCUUGGAACCCGGCGUGAAUGUACUGGUACCGGUUAUUGACCGGGUCAAAUACGUUCAGAGCUUGAAAGAAAUCGCCAUUGAUAUUCCACAACAAUCGGCCAUCACCAUCGACAACGUGAACUUGAACAUUGACGGCAUUCUUUACCUGCGUGUGACGGAUCCGUACAAUGCCAGUUACGGCGUGGAGGAUCCUGAAUUUGCCAUCACCCAACUAGCCCAAACGACCAUGAGAUCAGAGAUCGGAAAGAUCACCCUAGACACAUUGUUCCGAGAGCGAGAAAACUUGAAUCUAGCCAUUGUUACGGCUCUCAAUGAUGCCUCAGAGGCGUGGGGAAUAUCGUGCAUGAGGUACGAGAUCAGGGACAUUCGGAUGCCUUCCCGAGUUCAAGAGGCCAUGCAAAUGCAAGUGGAAGCUGAGAGGAAGAAAAGAGCCGCCAUUUUGGAGUCCGAGGGAAUCAAAGCCGCCGAGAUCAAUGUGGCCGAGGGAAAGAAACAGUCAAGAAUCUUGAGCUCAGAGGCUGAGAAACAAGAGCUAAUCAAUGCUGCUCAUGGAGCGGCUGAAGCUGUAGUGGCAGCCGGUCGAGCUCGAGCCGAAUCCAUCGCGUUAGUGGCUGAAGCCUUGCAUCACCACAACGGGCACAAUGCGGCUAGUUUGGCGGUGGCCGAGAAAUAUGUGACCGCCUUCCAGGCAUUGGCCAAAACGAACAACACUUUGAUUUUGCCCGCCAAUGCCGGGGACGUGUCGAAUAUGGUGGCUCAGGCUAUGACGAUUUAUAACCAAGUGCAACGGGUUCCAAGUUUGAGUGGAGACUCAGGUAAUCCGGCUAGUGAAAGUGAAGAAACCCAAGAGAAAGAGCCCAAAUCAUAAAUGGAUGGAUCCCACGACGAAAUUGAGAAUGUGUCCGUGAUUCGCCUCAAAGACAAAUCUUGUGUGCCAAGUGGUCGGUUGAGCGAACCACGAGAAGCAGGACGACGACAAGGUAUCAAUUAUUGAAAGACCCGUGAUGGCGUUUCCUUCAUAUCUUGUGAUGCUGUUCCUGAAUAAAAAGAAAAUCUGCGACUGCA